AAGUACUGCUCUACUGUAGAUUACGGAAUUUUAAUGAAACAAUAUUUUACGUGUUCGAAAAAAUGAGAUAUUUAUUAAAUUUCUACUGUUUGUAAACAUUUGUAAAUAUGUACAGUGCUUCUCGCAUGUUUAACGUUUUAUAUAGUAAAGAAACUUUAAAAUGUUUUGGACAGAAUUUGAUAACUACUACAGACAUUCGAUCCAAUUCGAUCUGACAGUUUGUUUAAUGUACACGUCAUAACUAUCGUGGAUAUUAAAGGACGAAUAAAAAUAUUUAUUAAAAAAUAUGGAACCGUUGUAUCAUCAGACGAACAAAUUGGUUCAGGAAACUCAACACCUUUUCUCACAGCUUGAGAAAACAUCGCCUAACCUAGACAUCAAGGAAAUAGAAAACACCAUAGAAUCAAAAAUAGAUCUCAUCAACAGUAAUUGCGAAAGGUUAGAUGUACUCUGCCUGAAAGGUCCUAUAUUUCAAAGGCAAAAUGCUAAGAUGCGAGUAGACCAAUUAAAAUAUGACAGUCGUCACCUUACCGCUGCUUUAAAUUCCUGGCGGCACAAAAUUAUGAGAAAGCAGAGAGAAGAAGCUGAAAGAGAGGCCUUAUUAUCUACAACAUUCACUCCUAAUGAUCAUGUUGAUAUUAUGAUAGAUCACAAUGCCCAACACAACUCUAGUUUGAGAAAUGCACUUCAUGGAGUUGACGACCUUCUUCAAAGCGGAAGUAAUAUAUUAGAUAAUUUAAGAACACAACGAAUAUCUUUAAAAGGGGCUCAUAAGCGAUUGAUAGAUAUCGGAAAUACAUUAGGGCUUUCAAACACUACAAUGAGACUAAUUGAGAAACGAGCAAGGCAAGAUGGAUUUAUUUUAGUUGGGGGGAUGGUAUUCACAUGUAUUGUUAUAGUUUUAGUUAUAAUUUAUCUUACAUAGAAGCAAAUUCCUCUAUUUUUAAAUAUACACAAGGUGAUGUAAUUACCAGUAAAAUAAUUAAGGUGUCUCUCUUGCAUGUGUAACAAACUAUUACCUUCUUUAAAGCUGUAUAGAAUAAAAUUACCCUGCAGGAGAGAUAUUCAAAGUAUUUGAACUAUUAAAUAAUAUGUAAUGCUUCAUGCUUGCAAAUUUUGUGAAAUUGAAGUUUACAACAGUUAUGUAUUGUAAGCUGAAAGAAAUUUGUACAUAAUAAAAUAUAA